AGGAUAUCCAAUAUAACCUCAAACGUUUACUUGUUACUAAUAUAUUAGAUUUCCGCCAAUGUCCGGAAGAUUCGUCGUAAACCGAACAGUUGCGUUGUUUUCUGAAUGCCAACGUGGGACAAUGAGUUUUGAUUGAGAAAAAUCGAUGUACGCUGUCAUACCUACAGGCACACGCACACAUAUAUAUAUUAUAUAUAUGUAUUGUGAAAGAAAUCGAAGCUAACUUACAAUUGAAGAAAACAUUAACGUCAUUAUGAAAAUUAUGCACGAUUAACUUAAACUAAGUUAUUUCUCUGUUAGUUAUUAUAAACAUUUGUUAAUUUAAUUUCAAACUGUUAUUUUCUGUUUUUUUUUUUCUUUUUUAAAUUAGUGAUGCGUCGGAUUUGGUUAAAAAGAAGAGUGAACGUUAGAUUAUUGUUAACUUUUAUCUUUGUUGUACUUUUUGUUUAUGUAUACUGGAACUUUUUCCAAUUAGGCCAUGAUGAGAUAAUCAUAUACCGAAAAAAGCGUUACGAAACUUAUCAGAAAAAUGAACCUCAUCGAAAAGGUCCUGGAGAACAAGGGAAACGUGUCGUAUUGCAAGUAGAUGAGGCUAAACAAAAAGAAGUUUUUACAAAAGAAGCUUUUAAUCUAAUUGCAAGUGAUACGAUAGCUCUGGAUCGAAGUCUGCGGGAUGUACGUGAUGAAAGAUCCACUUUGAAAUUGUCGUAUUCAACCAUGCCUAGCUUUGAAUCUAUUAUAGCAACUUCUAAUAAACAUAAACUCUCACUCUAUCAUCAAAACUCACACAACUAUAACUAUGUUGCCAGCUUUUUCCACUCGCUAAUCUGUAUAACUCAUACAUGUGUGUGUAUCUCUCAUUUUAACAUUUUUUUACUUGGGUUUCCAUUACUGACAUUUUAUGUUAUAAAACCAAUACUAAUAUUCUACUUUUCAAAGUUUGUUGUUAUUCUUUCCAUUGUUUUGAUGAUUGAUUUCUGUACAUUCUCUAGGCUUGUCCCACUUUUAGCACAAAUUUAUAAGGACCAUACCAAAGUGCUAUGCCCCAAAAUUGAUGCCAUUGAUAACAAGGAUCUUGAAUAUUCAAAUAAUAAUGGAAUUGCAGCUGGUGGCUUUAGCUGGUCCUUACAUUUCACUUGGGAUCCAAUAUCACGGUUUGAUGUUGAGCCUCUUAGAUCACCAACAAUGGCUGGUGGGCUGUUUGCAGUUAAUCGUCAGUUUUUCUUUGAUAUUGGAGCUUAUGAUCCUGGUAUGGAAAUCUGGGGUGGAGAAAAUUUGGAACUGUCAUUCAGAGUCUGGAUGUGUGGAGGUAGUCUUGAAUUUAUUCCAUGUUCCAGGGUUGGUCACAUAUUCAGAGCAGCACAUCCAUAUGGAUUUCCAAGUAAAAAGGAUUAUCAUGGUAUUAACUCAAUGCGUUUGGCUGAAGUGUGGAUGGAUGAAUACCGACGAUUAUUCUACAUGCACAGACAUGAUCUUCUAGGAAAAGACUGUGGUGAUCUGUCAGAACGUAAAGCACUGAGACAAAAUUUAAAAUGCAAAAGUUUUAAAUGGUAUUUAGAGAAUGUAUAUCCUACAAAAUUCAUUCCUGAUGAAAAUGUUUAUGCUUGGGGUAUGGUUCGUAACCCAGCUUCUAACUUAUGCCUUGACACACUUGGUCAAAAUGAAAAUGUUGAUAUCAAUGUAGCUGUUUUCUCAUGUCAGAAUGGUAUCAGUACAAGUCAGAUUUUCUCUUUAAGUUUAAAAAAUGAACUUCGGAGGGAGAAUGGUUGUCUUCAAAUUCUCCAGACUGGAGAUAAGCCUACCCUGCAAUUGUGUGAUGGUGAGAAAAAAGUUCAAGAAUGGAAAUACUUUAAGAAUAAUGGAACAUUGGUUCAUGUAACGACUGGAGCAUGUCUUCACAGUACAAAACAUGGAGAAUCUGUUUCUACAAAACAGUGCUCUGAAACAGAUAGCCAAAAGUGGACUUUUGAACAUUAUCUUACUUGAAGUGAGAAACAAAAUUAUUACAAAUUUAUUAUUUAAGAAGAAAAAAAAAAACCUAAGCUAACACAAGAUUUUUCUUCUAUGGGUUAUUCAAAGGAGGAAAUGUAUAAGUUAUUCUCUGGAUGGAGAUCAAAUUGAAUGGUAUAUUCCUAACAUUCUAUGAAGAUUAUUAUUAAUACACUAAUAUUAUGAAGAUUAUUAUUAAUACACUAAUAUUAUGAAGAUUAUUAUUAAUACACUAAUAUUAUGAAGAUUAUUAUUAAUACACUAAUAUUAUGAAGUAUUAUUGAUAAUAUUAGUUUUUUUUAAUUUUCACAUUCAUUCUUUACAUCUUUAAUGAUAAUAAUAAUAAGAACAACAACAACAAUAAUUAUAAUGGAACAUGUGGUAUUGCUUAAAUCCUUAUUAUGGUGAACCUACAGUAAAUUAUAAUCGCUCUCUUUCAGUCAUACAUACACAUUUCGUUUUUGUUUUGAACUGAUUUCACAAAUAAAACAUUUCCAUCCUUUUUCAUUAAA